AAAGAUCGCAGGACAGUGACUGGAGUUUGGCGGCGAGCCUCUGGUCCCGAUUGUUCCAGGAAAUGACCAUCGAGUUCUCGAGCGGACAAGCUUCCAUCGGUUUGACGACGGACGAUUUGGGCGCGGGUGUGAUCGCCAACGUCGUCUUCACCCUCACCUACACCUUUGGCGUGCUCUUGUUGGCAACUGCUCGCUUGAUCGGGAAGAUUGUCCUGACGGAUAUUGAGGUCUUGAUAUUCUCGCUAAGAAACAACUAUCGCCUCCUCUUGCGAAUCUGGAGCCUGUGGCUUCUCUUCGCUAUCGAGUCCCGCAGGGUAUUGGAGGCAGUGGCUGCCACCAUCCCUUUGAGGAUCACGGUCUCUGCUGCCGUCGUUCCGCUGAGGAUAUUGAUUGUCAUCGCUCGGGUCUCUGGCUUGCUCUGUCGAAGAUGGGAAGAAGUCGAAGCCAACACACGGCCUGGGCCCGAAAUAGGAAUGGCCCCAUCGGAGGACUGAUUGCGAGGGAACCCGCCUCGGCCCAUGGCCCACCCAUCGGUUGCCUUCCCGGGCACGCGCCUGUCAAACGCUACUCGGGUUCUUCGUCCUUCUUCAGUGACAGCAGCAACGAUAGAGACCACCUACACGAGCCCAAGUCAGGAUAUGCGGCAGCGUCGCAGCCCCGGCCCGCGAUUCCCAAGUCACGGACGUUUACCGUGCUCUCCAGUCUUACCCAGUCUUUCUCCCGUUCGUCCGUCACCAGCCGCGGGAACAGCAGCCGCAAUGUCAGUGGCGAAUCUUCCGCAUCGAGCACCCUGGUCUGCCCCAGGGAGAACUCUUGCCAAUCUCUCUCGCGGGUCGCUGUCAAAUCCGACAGCCAACAUGGCCGAGCAUCACCGACCACCCGCCUUCCCGACAACCCCAAAGCGAUCACCACAGCAAUGCCGUCGGAGUACUGGGCCGGCCGUUUCAUGGCCAUGCACGACCGCUUCCGCAACGAGCUGCUGGAGCCGCACCGUCUCGCGCAUAUUUGCGAGGCCCAGGCUGCCCGUGGAUGUCUCCCGGCGAAUAGCUCCGCUCAAGAACUGCAGACUGCUGCCGAAAGAUUGAACAACCCAUCCACAUCGGCCUACGCCGUCACGAGGCUUGCUCAGACGAGAAAGCACAGCUCCAACACCAGCAGCGAGACCAGCACCGCUGGCCUCCCCAGCCGCAUCUCGCAGUCCGCUACGAGCGGCGCCAUCCUGCAGACGACGCCCUACAACCGCACAACAGAUCCUCCUUCAUACUCCCCGUACAACCUGUCUUUUAAACUGCCUAGCACCGUCCAGCACAGCAACCUGAGCGUGAGCCCCAUCCCGGAGCACGCACCGACCAUCACCACUAGCAACCCCUCCAGUAGCAUUGCCACCACUACCAACAACAGCAGCACACACACGCACAACCAAGCCCCCUCGAACCAAGCUCACAUCAGUCCGGACCCACCCGAUCACGAACGCCACCCGGCCGCCACGAGCCCCAACAACCCCCUUAGUCCCCAGGCCACCCAGAACACCCUCUGCGACCACUUGAACAGCGCUAACAAUCCUACCGACGAAAAGCCCACCACAAUGGCCAUCGCUGCAGACGAAGAUGCCCUUGCGCGGCACGUGUUCGCGCGCCUCGAUGGCCUGUGUACCACUCCGGCCGCACGCGCCUCGCUGCGCGCCUGGCGCGUGCGGUACGCGCGGGCGACGCGGCGGGCCGGGUUGCUCCCUGGCGCGGAGGGAUUUGCGGUGCCACCCAUGGAGCUGUCGCUUUCGCUGGCCGUUUCUGCGGGUUGUGAUGGGUAUGAGUCGGUUGCUGCUGCGGAGGGGGUUGCGGAUGGCUGUGGGCGUGCGCAGGCGCCGGAAUGUUCGGGGGGAGUUGGCGGCGGGGUUGCGUGUGGUAGGAGGCGGGAGGGGAGCAGCUCUAUGGAGGGACAUUGCGCUUCUUACAUUUACACGGGACAUGAUAAUGAUGGGCAGGGGGAUGGGAACAGCGGAGAAGUUGAAUUCGGCAAACGCGGCAGGGCACUGGUCAGGCGCCUGCGCCGGAGUUUGAUGGGUUACGCUCAGGGGCAUCAUGGCCUGGAGCAUGCUGCUGUGGGGGGUAAGGACGCGAGUGCGAAUGGGACUGGAAGUGGGGAAGAGGUUCACGGUCGUGUGCAUGUGCGGAAUGAGAAGCACGAGAAGAGGGAGAUGCUGAACACGUGUCAGAAUGACCUUGGGGUUGGGAACGGAAAUUGGUAUGGGUGUGGAAACGGCUGCUCCAAAGAGGGAUACCUGGCGCAUCUGGAGAACUCGGUUGUGGAAGAAACCAGGAGGAGAGGGGCUGGGCGGUUCAGCUUCUUCUGAGCAGAUGUCAGCUGCUCUUUGGGCUUGUCAAGCUGAGUUGGCGAGCAGGGAAAGUGUAGUUUCUGGGGUUGAAACUGUUUGUA